AUGAGCGCCAUGAAGAUGAACUUUAUUUGUAAGGACUUGCCUACAGAUAUGGCUAAAGCCAAAGCGGCGGUUUUGCCUGUGGCAGCAGAUCCUGAAGAAGGCGGUGUAAGUGAUAACGAAGACUCAGAAGACGAGCAGCUGGAGCACGCAGCCUGGCAGGACGUGGAUCUCAAUCCGGCCGUGGAGUUGGUGGCCAAACUUGUACGCGAGUCACUUGAUGCUGGGAAGACAUACAAUAAAAGUAUCACUGCAAAGACGUCACAGAUGCUCACGAGCUGUGACAGCUUGCUCUUGGAGAUCAAGAGCCUGGCCGAGACCCGUGCCGAGUCUCGCUUGCGCUCUGGGAGAGGACCGGGUCAAGGUAGCACCGGCUGUUCGUGUGGACAAGCUAUGGCUAUGCUACCGCUACGCAAUCCAAGUCAUACACUGGCCACUACAACUGAUACGACGACUAGUAACCACCACUCAUCCAAGACCGAUGAGGCCGCCGAAGAUCAGACGGACCGCAUGCUGGCAAAAAUUGAAGCUUCCAUAGAGCGGCUCAGGGAAAUGGGUGAAAUUAUCCAAGCAACUAGUAUGCAAGGAGAGGCUAACUUAGUUUCGAAAGUAUCAUUGCAAAUAGGCACAUUCCAGGCCCUGGAGGCGGCGGUGCAGGCCAGUGCAGCGGCUGCAACAGCCACGGCUAUUGCUCAAGAGCGCGGCCGCUCAUCGUCUGCCUUUGGACGACUUUAUAUGCCCCUUCAGGUGCAGAAGCUGCAGGAAUGGUACUAUUCCUACCCACGCCCACUUCUUGACGAGCUAACACUCAUGCGUACGAUUCUGAAUUAUCGGCCGUACGCAAACCCGUUUCAAAUUGGCGGUCUGUCACUGGCUCACGUGCGAGACUGGUUUAAACGCCGCCGCUUCCGCGAACGAAUGCGCUAUGUAAAACUUGCGGUGGAAGCAGGACAUGACACUCAAGCUGCGGAGGAGGAGAUUGAUUUAAGAUUAGAGCAAAGGAUUGUUCAGCUACGAGCUUCGGUCGACCCCAAUGAGCUUGUCAAGGAGGUGGAUCGCGUGCGUGCACAAAGCUACCUCUUUGAUGCCGCAGUGAAUGCUUUCACUCAGCCGAAUAAUAUUCGAUCGUUUAUUGCAGCAUCUUACUCUGUGCCAACAACAGCUGACAUGCACGGACACAACGUCUUUUGUCGUGGCAAGCGGCAGCGCAUUCAAGACGCAGAUCUUGAUGAUGCCAACAUGGUGAAACACGCUACCGUGCUUGAAGUGAUGGCUUUACAAAAUCGAUUGCGUAGCUUGAUGGAACAGCCUAAAACAACUACUGUGACAAAUGGAUUACAGCAAGUAGUCGAUUUGUUGCGGGCUAUGAAAAUUGAUCUUGACGUACGUAUUCAGUCGGGUCUGGUUGCUGAUUUGAAGCAGAUCUUAAAGAUAUAUACGAAGCCAACGCUGCUUCGCAAAGCUACCGUUGCACUUAUGGAGAACUUAGGAAUGAGCCGUCGCACUGUCGUGGAGGAAGACGCUGAUGAGGAUGUGCCAUUGUCUGCUCCAGUAAGUCCAGCGCUGAGCCCAGGACCAAGUUCACAAGGUAAAAAGACGAUAAACUUAAAUGCUUUGGAAGGUAACUCUGCCGCUUUCGACGAUGAUUCGUCGCUACUUCUACCUGGUGAGCCGCCUAGUAAGAAAACCAAGGCAAGUGCGCGACCAGCUAAGCCACGCGCGAAAGAAAAGAAGGGGCGCGUUUUACGCCCUAUGAAGUUUUCAAUGGACCAACUGACAGCACUCGAGGCUUGGUUUCAGCAAAAGUACAAACCUUCACAAGAGGAAAUGGAAAAUUAUCUGGUUCAGCUGAAUACUUCACCGCUGCGCGACCUGAAGAAACAAACAGUAGACGUGAGCAUGACUCAAUUGCGACGAUGGUUUAACAAGCGGCGGUGUUUGCGUCGUCCUCCUUUCGCGUUGAUGACACAACAGGAAGCGGCAAAAGAAGGCUCAAAGAAUCCUGCAGUUUUAAAAGCUGUGUCGGCCCCUACUAACGAUGUUGAGCCUAUACGUAAGACGAACAGGUUGAACUAUUAG